AAAAUGUCGUGCUGUGCGCUUGAAUGUACUAACAGAUCUUCCAAGAAGUCUACUUUCAGCUUUUUUCGUAACAUUCAGACAUGGCUGAGGAACCAGCAGCAGAAAUCCAGCUACUCAGAAGCCUGAAGGUCAAGCUAAUAGAAAUUCUAAGCGCCGAUGCUGAUUUUGUCCUGCAGCAUGCAGACUCUCGCUGCCUGCUGUCUGUUCACGGCUACCAGCAGGUGAAAGCAUGCCGUUUUCCUCGUGAGAAGGUGACUGACCUGUUGGAUCUCAUCAUCCAAAGAGGGCCUGAAGCAGCGCGGGGUCUACUGAAACUGCUGAAUGAACACGCCUUGCAGGAAACCUUCCCAAUGCUUUGCUUUAUUAAGGAUUUGGACAUAAACACAGUGUCUUCAGGAAUAAUCAAAAGAAAGAGAGAAACUCCUGACCUACAAGAGAUCAUUCCAUCCAAACAGAUCUGCAAAAAAGGCUCUUGCUUGGUUCAGGAGAAACAGCUGAUGACCGUGGCUCGUACCAUUGGCAGAUCUUGGAGGGAGAUUGGCAGACUGGCUCUGGAAAUCUCUACUGUGAAGAUAGAACAGAUUGAAGAGGACAACUCAAUUCAUGUGGAGCGAGUGUUUGCCAUGCUGCGCUACUGGAGCACCUGUCAGAGGGAAAAAGCCACUGCUGUGAACCUGCACUCGCUGCUCAGUCAGGGAGACUGGGCGCUGCCACCUGAAAGCAUUGACUUCCUGUUGGAGAUUAAAUGAGGCCUUCACUGACUGGUACAUGCUGUGACCGAGACACUGUUUUUACUGGGAACUUAAGUGUUCCAUCAUAUAGACAUCCAUCAUAUUUUCCAUAUCAGAAAAACCACACUUGAAGACUUUGUACUUUGUUAAAUCACCCCACAUUGCCAAUAAGUACCAGUGACUUAUUUUGUUCUUCAUAUAUGUUUCGAUUAAUAUAGAGCUAUUAUAUGUAGCCUACACACAACAUCUAUUGUAUUUCUGUUGGACUGGGUCCAAGGGUAAAGGGUACUCAUAUGUGGCUAUAUUUAAUGAUCAACUAAUAUUACCUUUCUGUAAAAGUAAUGAUCUAGAAACUUCGUUUUUGUUCAUGAAAUAUCUAAGUAAGAGUUUUUUCUUUCUUUUUCUGUUUAUUGUAUCUAUGUGUGGUUUUAUUCUCCUUCCAGUCCAAGGAGAAGACAAACAACAGAAUUGUGCUCAUUUUAGUUUAAUGUAAAUAAAUACUCUAGGUAAUGUAAACAAGUUAAUGAAAUCUUGUUUCUAUUGCUUUAUGUCCUGUUUUGCUUAACUCGUCUUUUUAUUCAUCUUGAGUUUUUUGGAGAAAUUGUAUUUUGUCCAAGUGAGCAGAUUAUUAGGUGUCACAACAGUUAUGCUGAUGUGUUCCUUGUUGAUCUUUAUAUAUUGUUUUUUUUAAAACAAAUGUUCCUUAUUUCUUAGUGUAUCUGUUGGGAUGGCAACUCAUGUCAUCAUGCAAAGUAGGAAAGAAUAAUAGUGCCUAUGUUUCACAGCUACACUUAAUAAACUUGUAUCGCAUUUGCUGACUCUAA